AUGGCACGUGGCUCAGACCUCUACGCGACUGAGGUCAGUUGUGGUAAUGUACCUUAUAACAACUUACGAAUUAUCAUUGAUAGAACAACACCGUCGACUUUUAAAUGGGAAAGUCAAUUGAAAUUCGCUACUGAAAUUGCAAGAGCAUUAUUCUGGGAAUUAACGAGUUGUUCAUCGUCUUUUAAUGUUGAAAAUACUUUCAAUUGUGAUUUUAUUCGUUCACUCAUUUUUGAAAGUAUAAGAGAAGCUCCUAUUCGAAAUACAAAUGAUGAACGACCAGAUAUUUAUCAAGUAAUUUCAGAGCUUUCUAGUAUUA